AGCCCGCGAACUGCUAAAUCAGCGCCCGCUCAUAGGAUGCCACCCUAGAUUGCCGCUUAUAUCUAGUAAUGGGUUAACCAACACUUGUGUCCUUCAUAUAAGCAUAAUGGGAGUCCACUAUACCGCAACAUAUUUAACAGCGCCUUCUAAUAGACAUUAGAAGUAUUUUACAUGGAAAAGCAGUGCUAAUUACUAGGUGUAUUGUCCUUUGUCGCACCUGGAUAUCAGGGCAUAUGAUUUGGUCAAAGUUUCCAGGUAGCAAUCUGAUUUUGAGCUGCUUAAUUUCUUGUGUAGAUAACGGAAUUUAUUUACAUAAUGAUGCUAAAUAAACUCUGCGGCCGACUACUGAAUAAGCUAUAAUGAAUGGACGGAUAAAUUGGCCCUCAACCAAGAUUUGAUUAUUAAUUUAGAAGGCGGGUUUCAUUCCACGACCUCUAGGAGGCGCUCUUCAGGUCUUCUGGUUUUCCGUGUAUGAUAGUGUAUGGCUAUACACACAUUAUACUACGGCAAAGCACAACUUUGUAAAUAAUACUAAUAUUAAUAACAACAAUACAUCCUACAAAUAUAUCAGAAUCGUAAUAUUUUAUUAUUGCCAUUAUUCUACUUAUCUCUCACCGUAGUUUGGUUUAUUCCCUCUCACCUCUCCCCGUUUCCCACCCUACCCACCGACGUCGGCGAAUCCGAAUCGAGCCGAUCCCAGCCGAACUUAAGCGCAGGGACGCUACCAGUCGUAUCCAACUCACCAGUAUAAAUGGGCAUUUCAUUUAUAUAAUUUUUUUUUUCGGAGAACACUGCUGGAUUGUUUUUCUAACCUUAUUUUAAGGACUAUGAUGCAAUUAAUGACAUGUUUUCGGUCUGUGUUUUGCCACAUGUCAGGCUUUUAUUACUUAAAUACAUACUGUAGGGCGCACACACUGGAACCCAAUACAUAUCUUUACAUGGAAUGGGUGUACGGAACCUGCAAAUACGACUGGACGAUGUCGAUGCCAUGAACUGGAGGAUGUAAUUUAUUCAGGGAAAGCGACGGCUUCAACGUUUGUGAAGAGAAAUGCUUCGGAUUAUUUCAUGAAACGGGGAAGGAUGAAAUGAAAACCCCACACAAGCUAGUCCACGACGCUAAGGUGUUCUCUUCGCGUUAAAGGAUCAUUUUUAUUGUUCCAUUUUGAUGGUAUUUUUUCCAGAUACAGGCUGCCUUUGUAAAAAUGUGGGUUUUACGUGCAUACCAAUUCUAGAUAUGUAAUGGUAGCUAUAUACUCGAAAUAAUAUAUUAAAAUAUGAGUAUUGCUUUCACCUAAUCGAUUUAACCAGCUCCUACCUCUUUCGGACUGAUAUCUUUGUGAGGUUUUAUGGAAAUUCAGAAGACAUGACAUGCAGUCGAAAAAAGAGGAAACGCUCCGUUUUGUUGAUCAGAAAUUGUGUUAAUAUACAGAGACCCCUGACUGAAAGAUUUGCUGCUGGCACCAUAUACCUGUCAUUGCAUUAAAUCGCACAUUUCUUUCCCUCUGGAUUUCUGCCAUUUUAAGGGUUUUCCAGGAUACUGAAAACAAGCAUCAAUUAUCGAGGACUGGAAAAAACAGUAAUGCGGCCUGGUUGUAAAUCCGCACCCUCCCCGUCGACCACAUAGCGCAGAAACCAGGUGAGAUGCUGUCCAGCGCCAGCAUGACAUUCUCCCUUUCGCCUCCUGCGUCCCAUUAAUCUGGCCGCCGGCUUUCUGUACGUCGGCCGCUGUCACAGCGUAAGGCGUAGGGUUUGCAAACAGCAAGACGGGGGUCUGUGAAAAAUGGGGCAACACAAAAUGAGGUCCCCCAGUUUCUUGUGAGUGCGAGACGAGAGGCAGCCACGAAGACGUACAAGAGAGAAGUCCGAGGAGGAGGAGGAGGAGGUGGAAGAGGAACAGGGGACCGGCAGCCCCUGGAGAAGGUAGGGAGCAGUGGAGCACAAGGGAUGGCCAGUGGAAACGAGAGCAGCCAUGUUUCUGGCAACCCGCUGGCAGCCAUGGCGACCACGGGAAGCGGGGUGGUGGGUGAGGAUUGGUCCUCAGCAGUGUCCACCUAUGUCAAGUUGGUCCUCCUGGGUCUGAUCAUCUGUGUCAGCCUGGUGGGAAAUCUGGUGGUAUCUCUGCUAGUCCUGCGGGACCGGGGGCUACACAAAGCACCCUACUAUUUCCUGCUGGAUCUUUGUCUGGCCGACACCAUCCGCUCAGCUGUCUGCUUCCCCUUCGUCCUGGUGUCCAUCAAGAAUGGCUCCGCCUGGACCUACAGCGUGCUGAGCUGCAAGGUGGUGGCCUUCAUGGCCGUGCUCUUCUGCUUCCACGCCGCCUUCAUGCUCUUUUGCAUCAGUGUCACACGCUACAUGGCUGUGGCACACCACCGCUUCUACUCCAAGCGCAUGACCUUCUGGACCUGCGUGGCCGUGGUCUGCAUGGUGUGGACCCUGUCCGUCGCCAUGGCAUUUCCGCCCGUCUUUGACGUGGGCACCUACAAGUUCAUCCGUGAGGAGGACCAGUGUAUCUUUGAGCAUCGCUACUUCAAAGCCAAUGACACACUGGGCUUCAUGCUGAUGCUGGCCGUGCUCAUCCUGGCCACCCACGUAGUCUACAUGAAGCUCCUGUUCUUUGAGUACAAGCACCGUAAGAUGAAGCCUGUUCAAAUGGUGCCAGCAAUCAGCCAGAACUGGACCUUCCAUGGGCCAGGUGCCACUGGCCAGGCGGCAGCCAACUGGAUUGCGGGUUUUGGCCGGGGCCCUAUGCCGCCCACUCUGCUGGGCAUCCGGCAGAACCUGCACAACCAAAACCGACGGCUGCUGGGUAUGGAGGAGUUCAAGGUGGAGAAACGUCUUGGGAGGAUGUUCUACGUCAUCACCUUGUCCUUCCUCGUGCUCUGGUCGCCUUACAUCGUGGCCUGCUACUGGCGUGUCUUUGUGAAGGCCUGCACCAUUCCUCACCGGUACCUCUCCACCACCGUCUGGAUGAGCUUUGCUCAGGCUGGGGUCAAUCCCAUCAUCUGUUUCUGCCUCAACAAGGACCUGAAGAAGGGGCUGCUGGCUCACUUGCCUUCCUGCUGUAGGACUACACCUCAACUACCCCGAGAGGCCUACUGUGUCAUAUGA